UGUUAUUUAAAGCUGGUUUGUAAUAUAUGACAUUAUGGCGUCCGGAUGAUCAAGAACAAAAUUUCAAUUGAGACAUCACUUGAAGCAGCCGAUACUUAUCUCACACUUGGAAGAUGAGUACCCCGGGGAGGAAAGGAAACAUGCUUGUUCAGAAAAUGAUUGAGUUGGAGUCGGCAUACAGACAGAGCAAAGUUCGGAUGCCGAACGAUGGACGGCUAGUCGAACAUGAGAGAGUCGAUGAAAGGGAAAGGGAGAUAAUCCGACUGAAGUAUAUGGUACAAAAGCUUGAAGAAAGAAUAAACGUUUCGAAAGUGGAAGCUGAAAAUGCAAAGAGAGAACUUAGAAAUGAGCAAGAUGGUCGUAAAAUCGUCGAGAAGAAACUGAAGGCAGUAGAAAAAGAGAGUAAAGAACUGAAGAAUAAAAUGAGCGCACUCCGGGUAAAACUUGGCGUGGCAAAUGCUAAUUACAAUGUCGGGAAACACGAAACUGAAGAAUUACGAAAGAACCAUCAGGAAAACCAAAUUCAGAUUGCAAGGUUGGAAGAGCGAUUAGCAGCAGCCAAUGUAGACAGGGAGAGGCUGAAGCAUCCCCAGAACCCAGAUGGAAGUGAAGAGGUUCAGAAAAAAUUGGAUACAGACAAUAAACUAUCAAAGAAACUGAAAAACAAGAUCGAGAAACUAGAGAAUUUGAGAGAAGAAGACCAGCGAAUAAUAGAACGGAAAGAAGAAGAAAACAGAAUGAUGGCAGUUGAAAUAAAUAGAUGUAGAAUGGUAGUAGCAAAUCUUGAAACCGCUCUAGAAAUGGCUGAAAUGACCAGUCAGGCAGAGCGAGCAAGCAGGGAAGAUUUUGAGAGACAGAAUAAAGCUUUAAGACAUGAAAAGGCGAACUUUGAUGCUCAAAUACAUCAAUACAAAGUUAAACUUGGAAUAAGUCAUGCAACUAAAAAUGUGAACGUUCACCAGGCAAACCAGUUACGUAAACAGGACGAAAAGUACCAGUUUACCAUUCAAACUUUAGAACAUAAACUUCGUAAAGCAAACGCUGAAAUAGAAAGAUUGAAGACGCGAAAUCUGAUGACAGGAAAAACCGCUGACUCAUUGCAAGAGCAUAAAGGACGACUUAAGAAAUACAGACAUGAUUUGGGAAUAGAGUUGAAAACACCAAAGUUAACCGACAGAUCGGAGAUUUCUGGAUGGUCCCGAAAUAGAUCUACACCGAAAGGGGAAAUUGGCAGUUUACAUAGUGUUGGAAGUAUGAAAAGUCAAGGACAUGGACAAAUAAAUAGCAAACCAAAUUCUGGCAAGCGUGGACGGUCUUCUGUGCCGUAAGCAACAGAUCCAUUACAUUUUACUUACUACUGAUAAACGCUUGUGAAUACAAUUCCAUUUUGUUUGAUAUAUGUUGUAUAUAAUAAUUAAACUUCAGUUGAUAUAUCACUGUAUCCCUUUACCUGAAAAUAUAUCUGGUUGGUUUUUGUGUAAUAUUACGCUGAAAAUCAAACUUUAUGGAACCACUGCAUUGUGCCUUGAGAGAAUAUCUUUUGUAUUUAGAGUCAGUAGGGUAAAGGGCAAUGCCGCAGAGACGUUGAUACCUAAAACUGCUUCAGUAUGACUGGGUCUAUGGGCCUCAAACUUUGUACAGAAAUAAUUAUUGUAACAAUGGAAAGGAAACUAUAAAAUUGUUUCUCAUCAACUGCGGCCUUCAAACUGCAUAGAAUGAUGGUUUGUGGUCGAUAUAGCACCUACUGAAUUUGGAUCAUUUGGCCAACGACCACAGUUACCUACUUAUAUCACUUACUACUAUUUCAGUUAAACACCGCCAUUGAUGUGCUUAACUUACACAAAAACAACAAUAUUUGUAUGGAUUUAGUGCAAUUUCCUCCAUAAAGUUUUUUUUCCUGGCUCGCGACAUAGUGAGGUCAGUGCCGCAUUAAUACCAUGUAAAGCGAGGUCCGGGUGUAGCUUUAGAGAGCAGAAAAAAUCCAAAUAUUCUUAUGUUUAUAACUUUAACAGGAAGUAAAUACGAAAUUUACAAGAUUAAAUACACAUCAAAUUCAUAUUUUCAAUUCA